AUGUGGCUUUCUCUGCCGGCCAUUCUAGAUCAACUUGAAAUAUUGGACUACAAUAAUUUCUCACAUAGAGUUAAGAUGAACACAAGCAGCCAAGGAUAUAAAAUAAAAGAGAAUGCCACAGAUCACAGUGAUGGGGGGAAAGUCAAAUCUACGCCAAUCGCCAUGGUGGCUCCUGAGUUGAAACAAAACCCUGAUGCCAAUACAGGAAUCACCAAAACAUGUGCAGUCCUCGGAUGUGAAGACUUUAAAAAUCUAGAACCUGAAUCAUUUUUUAGAUUUCCAGAAGAUUCAGGCCUACGUCAAAUAUGGACAGACCUGACAGGGCGCAACAACUGGACACCCACAGACUACUCCUAUAUAUGUUUGCAACAUUUCUCGGUGGAUUGCUUCAAGGUCAAUGAGGAUGAUGAAAUGGUUCUCGUGGAUAAGGCAAUACCUUCUCUCAAGUUGCCUAGACAUGUUUUAGAAGUGGAAUAUAUAGACGAAGAGACGCUGGACAAUGAAGAAUAUGAUGAAAACAUGACCACAGAUGAAGACGAAGAAAAACAGACCGCCCCACCAGACAUUCAUGUACCUAAGAAAGAACUAGACAAUAUUGAACUGCUCAAACUAUUCUCUGAAGUCCAAAGAUUACAGAGACAAGCGGUGGCUUUGAAAGAGAAACUAAAAUACAAUAUGAAAGUCCAUAAUAGACAAAAUAGAUUUCUAAAAAGAAUAAAAGAAAUUAUAGAAAUGAAAAAAAAGAUUUUAAAUCAGAAACGGAAGAAAAAGUGCAGGAUUUUACUAUCGUUGCAGGAUAAAAUUAAAGAAGAUACUUCAGGAUUAGUUUUAGCUAUGCCGAUGCGUCAAACAGACGAUUUAAAAAAUUUCGCUUUGAGCAUCUAUAAAUACUCGCCUCAGGCGUACAUUUAUAUAAGGAACACAUUAAGGACAAUACUGCCUAGUACGGAGGUGUUGGACUCGUGGAUCACUGCUGGCUACCAGCCUAGGAAUGUUAUAUCUAAUAGUAAUUUGAUCAAAGUGGUAGCAGAACAGACAGAGACGCAACUAUCCUGUAAAGUUAUGAUAGGCUAA